UGUUUCUGGUAUAAAACCCUCACACAAGGGCAUGUGCUGAGGAGAGUGAGAGAGAGAGGAUGGAGAGAGGAAAGCUGAUUGUGGAGAAGGUAGAAGGGAAGUCCACUCUAACUCGCUGCUUGUCCAAGUACCCCAUGAAAUUCAUCGUCCCCAAAAAGGUGGGCUCCUCCCAAACCGAUGUUGUCUGGAUUUACACCAUCACCUAUGGCGGCGGCAUCGUCUCUGGCGAUUCGAUUGCUUUUGAUUUUACGGUGGCGGAUUCCUGUAUUGCAGUUUUGACGACUCAAUCUUCUACAAAGGUAUACAAGUCUAUUGCCUCCAAAUGUUCUCAACAGCUGCUGGAGGCGAGCAUUGGGCGAGAUGCUUUGUUGGUGGUGAUACCCGAUCCAGUAACUUGCUUCUCCACUGCAAGAUAUUCUCAGACACAGAACUUCACACUUGCGACUGAUUCGAGCUUGCUCUUGGUAGACUGGAUAACUAGCGGCCGCCAUGAAAGAGGCGAAAAAUGGGCAUUUUCGUACUACAAAAGCACUAAUCGCAUUCUUCUACAAGAUGGUGAACCAUUAUUUCUUGACACGACAUUGUUAGAACAAGAAACUCAUGGAGCUAUUAGUGAUCGCAUGAAAGAUUACCAAGCAAUAGCUAUGAUUGUGCUUUUGGGGCCUAAGUUGCAGCAGAUUCAGAAGCAAACUGAGGAAGAUGUCAAGAAGAUAAUGUCUCAGCAGUUCAGCUUUCCUUCAAAUAGUUCCUCUAAACCAGACAUGAAGCCGGAUUUUGUUGCUUCUUGCAGUAGGUUUGGCCCAAAGGGGAUGGGAGUCGUGGUUCGUGUUGCAUCCAUGACGACUGAAGCCAUCUACAGUUUCCUGCAACAUCAGUUGGCUUCUAUGGAAGAGCUGGUCGGAGCCCCCCCAUACCGCUAGCCAAAUUACCCACUUUUCUGUCUUUUUUUUGUCCGACGAGGGUGUAACAAGCAAGCUUGUUUGGUGUUUGAGAUGAGUUCAGUUUGGUUCUAUAGACUCGAGUUGGUAGAUGCCCUGUUAUGAAAAUAAAAUUUGUAACCAUGACUCGUAUCUUACCAAAAUUGUGUUGUACACUUGUACUACAUCACUUGCAAGAUGGUUAUGUUGUUGUGAGAGA